AUGUCUCUCUUUAGCGACGCGUGGAAGGGCAUCAUUGACGGUAUCAGCUGGCGCUUUCCUCUCCUCGCCAUUCUCUAUGCGAUUUACGUCAACGUCUGGAGCUGCGGACACGACGUGAUCGUGUUUUUCCUCGCGCUCUUCAUGAGGUCAGCCGUGUCACAUAUCUACUAUAUCGUCGAGGAGCACCACCACGGCAGGAAUCUCGGUGACGAGCUCUUUGUCCACGUCCCAUUCUCGCUCUGGCGUGGAUGGACGACCGCCCGCAUCUCCCUCACCGGCGUUGAAGCCUUUGGCCACGACGCAUGCGCAUGCCGCGCAGACGUCUGGACUACAAUCUCCUUCCUCGUCUCCCUCUUCAUCUUCGCGGCCACCCCUGCUGCCUACGCGUUCUUAGCCUGA